CUAGAACCAUCCCAGUUUCUCAUGCGGCCCCUUGGUAAAAUUAAUUGCCCACCCCUGGCUUAAACUCAUAUGGUUUCAAGCUCUACGAGAGUUAGUGUUGUGUGAUGGAAGCAAAGCUACAAACAAAAUAAGAACAGUGGGUAGAAAAAAGCACCAAGUGUACGGACACCACCAGGACAAAAACGUCAAAGGGGUCGUAGCUCCUCAGUUUGUAGAACCUCGUCCAUUGUCAGUUCAUCGCCAUGUCCGAUGAUCUUCAGACAGCAGGGACCUGUGGUCAGUCGCCAGAGAGUAGUGGGCAGUCGGCGUCUUCUUCACAGCAGGGAGUCGUUUACUCAGAAUCUGAGGAUUUGUGGAUCACAUGGGCUGAUAGACUUAUUCCUAAUGAUAAAAAGCACGCUUACUUCAUUCCACCUUUCUGCGAGAGCUGGACCAUAGAAACAAAAGGAAAGGCUGACAAACCCACUCAUCCUGCUUUGACUCCUGCUACAACUGCAAAAUUACCACCUACCAACGGUUGGGAAAGUGAGGUCAGAGAUGACCCAGUCGUCCACAGGGUGAUGGCUGUCCUCAAACAGUUGUCCACCAGGGAGACGUUUGUUGCACUGCGUCAGUUCAAGUUCGGAGACUACGUGGGUGAACCUUGCUACGCAGCAGCAUCACGGCGACCCUUACCUGAAGACUUGCGAGCUCGUCACAAAAAGAACUGGAAAGAGGGAGACUUUGAUAUCUUACUUAUUCACCGACACUACGGUCUUAUUUUCUGUGAAGUGAAAGUGUUUAGAGACAAUGUGAAAGAUCGGAAUACGUCACAGCAAGAUGUUAAUGAUAAUAUUAGAAAGAAGCUUCGAGAAGCUGUGGGUGAGCUGGACAAGGCGGAAGUCAUGUUGUCUCACCUCGUGCACGAUGUGGCCCCCGGUCUGCGCGUGUGUAAGACGAUGGCUCUCCCGAACCUCACAGCUCGUCAGGUGCAACAGGCCAUCGAGGGAGACCCUCACCUCACCCAGGAUUUGUGUCGGUGUCUGGGAGCAACAGAUGCUGCUGAUAUCACUGGACUUUGUCUGUGCUCUGACCAGUUACCUAGCAUAACUUAUUGGUUUGUGAAAAGCAUCGACACCAGAGUAUGCCAAUGGUGGCACAAGCGAGUUGCUGUGUCUGAUCCAGAUCCUCAGAUGACCUUUGACCUGUAUAAACGACUGGUGGCAAGGUUAUGUGGUCCGGCAAGAGAAGUGACAGUGUCCUGCGUGGUCGCCUCUCGCAAGUUCUCGGGUAUGAAGGAGAGUUUUAGACGAAUAACUCUGUUACCGGGGGAGAUGACUUUGCUGAACCAAGGUCUUCCCAGAGUCCUCUUGGAGGGAUAUAGCGUCACGCGCCAAACCAUGCUGCUGCACCUGAUGGUGACAGAAUGGUGUCGGAGGGAGAACGCCGUUUACGUCGUUAGUACGUCGGAUGAAAGCCACGAGGCAUGCAGCACGCUGUACUUGCAGCUGCAGCAAAUUACCCCUAUGCAGCAAGGUUCUGGGACAGGUCGCCAACUUCAUCAUCUGAAAUAUAACUUUCUUAAAGACAGCGAUGUGGAGAAGGCAGCGAACUACCUGUCGCAAACUGCCAACAACAAACCCUUGUACGUCAUUGCCGACAACGCGGGAUCCUCUGAUGGGGCAACGAAUUUUACCACUUUCUGUGAGAUGCUGCUUGAACAAGUUCCUGACCUCCAUCUUUGGGCAGCAAACAUUCAUGAUAGCGUUUCACCCUCUGGCUGGAUACGCCAUAGAUCAGACGAGAAUUUUCGAUACUCUAAUGCCGAUCUCAAGUUUUCAUCCACUCACUCAAGCUUUCAGUUUAUCGGUGAAGAUCACUCAGAGGAAGUACCUCAAGAUUGUGAAAGGUGUGGCCAGGAGAUGGGCAGAGUAUUACGCAGGUGUAGAGACACAGAUGUUUCAGGAGCAAUGACCACCAUGUCUCCUACAACAGGCAGCACAACAACACCUGAUGUUCUUCUCCAGUGGGGAGAUGUGGUGGUGGUGGUGCACCCAGAUAGUAUGAACGAGCAUUUGGGCUUUGUGUCUGGACUGCGAUCUGAGGGUGUUCCUGUUAGUGUGGGUGAAGACAAAGCUGACGCUGUUUUGGUGACAUUUGACAUCUCGUAUAUUGAGAACAAAAAAAUUCUCGUCAUUGUAGAUUGCAUUGUAGAUUGCAAUUUGAUUCAUUUCCUCAGUGAUUACACAUCAUGGGUUGUGACAGUUACUCACUCCAAGUCGCCAGAAGGAUGUGGUCAGUCAACAUCGUCUUCACAGCAGGGAGUCGUUUACUCAGAAUCUGAGGAUUUGUGGAUCACAUGGGCUGAUAGACUUAUUCCUAAUGAUAAAAAGCACGCUUACUUCAUUCCACCUUUCUGCGAGAGCUGGACCAUAGAAACAAAAGGAAAGGCUGACAAACCCACUCAUCCUGCUUUGACUCCUGCUACAACUGCGAAAUUACCACCUACCAACGGUUGGGAAAGUGAGGUCAGAGAUGACCCAGUCGUCCACAGGGUGAUGGCUGUCCUCAAACAGUUGUCCACCAGGGAGACGUUUGUUGCACUGCGUCAGUUCAAGUUCGGAGACUACGUGGGUGAACCUUGCUACGCAGCAGCAUCACGGCGACCCUUACCUGAAGACUUGCGAGCUCGUCACAAAAAGAACUGGAAAGAGGGAGACUUUGAUAUCUUACUUAUUCACCGACACUACGGUCUUAUUUUCUGUGAAGUGAAAGUGUUUAGAGACAAUGUGAAAGAUCGGAAUACGUCACAGCAAGAUGUUAAUGUUAAUAUUAGAAAGAAGCUUCGAGAAGCUGUGGGUGAGCUGGACAAGGCGGAAGUCAUGUUGUCUCACCUCGUGCACGAUGUGGCCCCCGGUCUGCGCGUGUGUAAGACGAUGGCUCUCCCGAACCUCACAGCUCGUCAGGUGCAACAGGCCAUCGAGGGAGACCCUCACCUCACCCAGGAUUUGUGUCGGUGUCUGGAAGCAACAGAUGCUGCUGAUAUCACUGGACUUUGUCUGUGCUCUGACCAGUUACCUAGCAUAACUUAUUGGUUUGUGAAAAGCAUCGACACCAGAGUAUGCCAAUGGUGGCACAAGCGAGUUGCUGUGUCUGAUCCAGAUCCUCAGAUGACCUUUGACCUGUAUAAACGACUGGUGGCAAGGUUAUGUGGUCCGGCAAGAGAAGUGACAGUGUCCUGCGUGGUCGCCUCUCUCAAGUUCUCGGGUAUGAAGGAGAGUUUUAGACGAAUAACUCUGUUACCGGGGGAGAUGACUUUGCUGAACCAAGAUCUUCCCAGAGUCCUCUUGGAGGGAUAUAGCGUCACGCGCCAAACCAUGCUGCUGCACCUGAUGGUGACAGAAUGGUGUCGGAGGGAGAACGUCGUUUACGUCGUUAGUACGUCGGAUGAAAGCCACGAGGCAUGCAGCACGCUGUACUUGCAGCUGCAGCAAAUUACCCGUACGCAGCAAGGUUCUGGGACAGGUCGCCAACUUCAUCAUCUGAAAUAUAACUUUCGUGAAGACAGUGAUGUGGAGAAGGCAGUGAACUACUUGUCGCAAACUGCCAACAACAAACCCUUGUACGUCAUUGCCUACAACGGGGGAUCCUUUGAUGGGGCAACGAAUUUUACCACUUUCUGUGAGAUGCUGCUUGAACAAGUUCCUGACCUCCAUCUUUGGGCAGCAAACAUUCAUGAUAGCGUUUCACCCUCUGGCUGGAUACGCCAUAGAUCAGACAAAUGUUUUCGAUCCUCUAAUUCCGAUCUCAAGUUUUCAUCCACUCACUCAAGCUUUCAGUUUAUCGGUGAAGAUCACUCAGAGGAAGUACCUCAAGAUUGUGAAAGGUGUGGCCAGGAGAUGGGCAGAGUAUUACGCAGGUGUAGAGACGCAGAUGUUUCAGGAGCAAUGACCACCAUGUCUCCUACAACAGGCAGCACGGCAACAACACCUGAUGUUCUUCUCCAGUGGGGAGAUGUGGUGGUGGUGGUGCACCCAGAUAGUAUGAACGACCAUUUGGGCUUUGUGUCUGGACUGCGAUCUGAGGGUGUUCCUGUUAGUGUGGGUGAAGACAAAGCUGACACUGUUUUGGUGACAGCUAACAUCUCGUAUAUUGAGAACAAAAAAAUUCUCGUCAUUGUAGAUUGCAUUGUAGAUUGCAAUUUGAUUCAUUUCCUCAGUGAUUACACAUCAUGGGUUGUGACAGUUACUCACUCCAAGUCGCCAGAAGGAUGUGGUCAGUCAACAUCGUCUUCACAGCAGGGAAUCAUCUGCAGACCAGUCGAGAAAAUCUUGAUGAGCUGGGUAGAAAACGCUUUUCCUGAUCUUGAAACAAAAGCUCACUUUCUUCCUCCUGUCUUCAUGAACCGCGUGCCCAUGACCAGGGUGCUAUUGGAGGGUGGGGAAGUUCUUGUUCCUCAAGAAGCAAAAGGAAAGGCCGGGAUGUCUGUCCAUCCUGUAUUGAGUGCUGGUAUAAUUACGAAAUCACAACCUACGACAGUGCAGGACAGUGACAUUAGAGAUGAUGCUGCUAUGCAGAGAGUGAACCUUUGUUUACAAAAACUGUCAGAAAAUAACAGGGAGGUGUUUGUUGCACUGAGUGAGUUAAAGUUCGGACAGUACCUGGGUGAACCUUGCUACGCUGCUGCAGCAGCACAGUUACCCUCAGCUAAGAACCUGCCUCCUCACCACCCAAAACGUUGGAAAGAUGGCGACUUUGAUGUUUUACUCAUUCACCGACACUACGGCCUCGUUAUCUGCGAAGUGAAGUCUGUGGGAGCCAACGUACAAGCUCUGAAUAUGUCACAGCAAGAUAUAGACCAAAGUAUUAGAAAGAAGCUUGGACAAGCUGUGAGUCAGCUGGACAAGGCGGAAGUCAUGUUGUCUCACCUCGUGCACGAUGUGGCCCCCGGUCUGCGCGUGUGUAAGACGAUGGCUCUCCCGAACCUCACAGCUCGUCAGGUGCAACAGGCCAUCGAGGGCGACCCCAAGCUGUCACAGGAUUUGUGUCGGUGUCUGGAAGCAGCAGAUCCUGCUGAUAUCACUGGGCUUUGUCUGUGUUCUGACCAGUUACCUAACAUAACUUAUUGGUUUGUGAAAAGCGUCGACACAAAACUAUGUCAGUGGUGGCACAAGCGAGUUGCUGUGUCUGGUCCAGAUCCUCAGAUGACCUUUGACCUGUAUAAAAGACUGGUGGCAAGGUUAUGUGGUCCGGCAAGAGAAGUGUCUUGGGUGGAUCCCCCUCACAAGAUCUGGGCUGUUUACAAAGGUUUUACACGAAUAGGCUUGUUACCUGAAGAGAUGCUUUUACUGAACCAAGGUCUUCCCAGAGUCAUCCUGGCCGGAGAUAAAGUCACGCGCCAAUCCAGGCUGCUGCAGGUGACAGCGACAGAAUGGUUGCGGAGGGAGAACGUCGUUUACGUCGUUAGUACGUCGCAUGAAAGCCACGAGGCAUGCAGCACGCUGUACAUGCAGCUGCAGCAAGUUACCCGCACGCAGCCAGGUUCUGGGACAGGUCGCCACCUGCAUCUUCUGAAAUAUAACUUUCGUGAAGACAGUGAUGUGGAGAAGGCAGUGAACUACCUGUCGCAAACUGCCAACAACAAACCGCUGUACGUCGUUGCAGACAACGUGGGAUCCUUUUAUUGGUCAGAGAAUUUUAUCACUUUUUGUGAGAUGCUGCUUAAACAAGUUCCUGACCUCCAUCUUUGGGCAGCGAACUUCUAUCUUACAGUUUCACCCUCUGGCUGGAUACGCCAGUUAUUGAAAAGGAUUUGUGAAGCCAUUUAUGUCGAUUUUCCAAUGAAUGAUGGCGAUUGUCAACACUCUGAUGGCGAUUGUCAACACUCUGAUGGCGAUUGUCAACACACUGAUGGCGAUUGUCAACACUCUGAUGGCGAUUGUCAACACUCUGAUGGCGAUUGUCAACACUCUGAUGGCGAUUGUCAACACUCUGAUGGCGAUUGUCAACACUCUGAUGGCGAUUGUCAACACUCUGAUGGCGAUUGUCAACACUCUGAUGGCGAUUGUCAACACUCUGAUGGCGAUUGUCAACACUCUGAUGGCGAUUACCAACACUCUGAUGCCGGUUUAAAGUUUUUAGCCUCUCGCUCAAGCUUUAAGUUUAUCGGUGAAGAUCAUUCAGAGAAAGGACCAGGUGACUGUGAAAAAUGUGGCCAGGAGGUGGGCAGAUUAUUACGCACAUAUAUAGACCCAGAUGUUUCAGGAACAACGACCACCAUGCUUACUACAACAGGCAGCGCGACAACACCUGCGGUUCUUCUCCAGUGGAGAGAUGUGUUGGUGGUGUUGGAGUCAGAUAGUAUAAGCGACCAUUCUGGCUUUGUGUCUGGGCUACGAUCUGAGGGUGUUCCUGUUAAUGUGAGUGUGAAUGAGAGAGCGCGUACGAGUGAAGACAAAGCUGACACUGUUUUGGUGACAUCUGACACGUGGCAUAUGAAAUAUAAAAAAAUGAUCUUCUUUGUGGAUUGGAACUUUAUUGAUAUGUUCGGUACGUGCACAUCAUGGGUGGUAACAGUGACUCACUCCAAGUCGCCAGAAGGAUGUGGUCAGUCACCAAGUAAGUGUAACCAGCCGCCAGGAAGAUGCAGUCAGUCGACAUCGUCUUCGCAGCAGCAGGGAAUCAUCUGCAAACCAGUCGAGAAAAUCUGGAUGAGCUGGGUUGAAAACGCUUUUCCUGAUCUUGAAACAAAAGCUCACUUUCUUCCUCCUGUCUUCAUGAACCGCGUGCCCAUGACCAGGAGGCUAUUGGUGGGUGGGGAAGUUCUUGUUCCUCAAGAAGCAACAGGAAAGACCGGGAUGUCUGUCCAUCCUGUAUUAGGUGGUGAUAUAACUACAGUAUCACAACCUACGGCAGUGCAGGACAGUGACAUCAGAGAUGCUGCAGCCAUGCAACGGGUGAUCUUUUGUUUACAAAAACUAUCAGAAAAUAACAGGGAGGUGUUUGUUGCACUGAGUCAGUUACAGUUCGGACAGUACCUGGGUGAACCUUGCUACGCUGCUGCAGCAUCACAGUUACCCUCAGCUAAGAACCUGCCUCCUCACCACCCGAAAAGUUGUAAAGAUGGCGACUUCGAUGUUUUACUCAUUCACCGACACCAUGGCCUCGUUAUCUGUGAAGUGAAAUCUGUGGGAGCCAAUGUACAAGCUCUGAAUAUGUCACAGCAAGAUAUAGACCAAAGUAUUAGAAAGAAGCUUCGAGAAGCUGUGGGUCAGCUGGACAAGGCGGAAGUCAUGUUGUCUCACCUCGUGCACGAUGUGGCCCCCGGUGUGCGCGUGUGUAAGACGAUGGCUCUCCCGAACCUCACAGCUCGUCAGGUGCAACAGGCCAUCGAGGGCGACCCCAAGCUGUCACAGGAACUGUGUCGGUGCCUGGGAGCAGCAGAUCCCGCCGACAUUACAGGUCUGUGUGUGUGCUGUGACCAGUUGUCUGACCUCAGGACGCCUUGGGAUGUCGAUGACCACGUGCUGGGGGAGCUCGCGACAUGGUGGCAGCGGCGAGUUGCUGUGUCUGGACCGUACCGUCAGAUGACUUCUGAACUGUACAAGACACUAGUGGCAAGGUUCUGUGGUCCAGCUACAACAGUCACAGUGUCCUGUGUAAUCUCCCCACGACUGAGUGUCAAGACCAUGGCACAGGCUGUGUCUGCGACUGGAAUGUGUUUUGCUGAAAUAACUUUGUUUCCAGAGCAGGUGAAUCUACUGCAGAGAGGUCGUCCUAGAGUCCUUCUGCACGGCCCUCCUGGCACGGGCAAAACCGUGAUGCUGCAGCUGAUGGCGACAGACUGGCUGCGCAAUAAACAACUCGUCCACGUCGUGAGUACGUGGGACAAAAGCCUUCCUUCGUGCACCAUGCUGUAUAAUCUGCUGCAAACAACUUUGGAUGAAGAAGGUGCAGGCACACCCAGCCAACUUAUGUUUUUAAAAUACGAGUUUCGUGAUAAAGCAGACGUAGAGAAAGCUGUUAAUGACUUGGUGCAAGCUGCUCAUAAAAAUCCCUUGCAUGUCAUCGUCGAUGAGGUGGAUCACAGCUUCGGACAAGAUACCUUCAAGACUUUCUGCGAGAAGCUGUUGGAACAAGUUGCUGAUCUCCGUCUGUGGGCCGCAUCCUGCCUCCAUGGUCUCUCACUCAAUGGCUGGGAACAGGAAUACUUAACCCUACCCCUCCGCUCUCCUCCCACGGUGGUAAGAGAAGUCGCAAAAGCAGAAGAAAUCAGAUUCAGUCAAGAUGUUAGAGCCUACAGCGCCACCGGAAUACCCAGCCACACAGAUGGCCCGAGGUUAAAGUUCAUUGGUCAAGGUCACUCGUUGCAAAGAAGCCCAAAUGACUGUGAAGAAUGCGGGAGAGAGCUGGGACGAUUCUUGUGGAGUCUGAGGGACCCAGCUUCAGAAUCAUCCAACUGUACCAUUCCUGCGUGUGGCAACACAGCUCCAUCGUCCCCCGAUCCUCUGCAGUGGAGAGACAUGCUCGUGCUGUGGUGGAGUGACAUCGCAGUUGAUGAGCCUGGACUGGAGGAAAGAAACAACUCCAACCCCGGACUGCGAUUACAGAGCGAUAGAGACACGAAGAGAUAUGACUCGGCUUUCGAGAGUGGAUUUAAGAAUCGGAAUAUAUGGUCUGGACUGAUGUCAGAGUGCGUUCCAGUACAGGCGAUGGCACAAGAGAAUAUUGAUGACGUGGCCACGGCUGCCAGUGACGUGGUGUGGGUGGCUGACUAUGACGCCGUGCGAGGCCUGGAGCGGAAAGUCGUCGUUAUUCUGGAUCUUCACGGCCUUGAGAACAACCCUGUCCGCCUGCACGCCAUGUCGAGAUGCACUUCACAGUUGGUGAUUGUCACUCACUCUCCUCAUGUUCGUCGAGACGGUAGCCCGCCCUUCAAAAAGCUGCGUCGGUGAUAAACAGAUGAUAACACUCAUUUUUGUAACGCUUUUUCCCAGCACCAAAGCCGAACUCAAAGGGGCCUUACAUACACGGGUACGUUCAGAGCUUUUCAUGGUAAGGUUAUUAAUGUACCUUUCAUACACGAACACGCACACAGCAAGCACAACACAACGUACAACACACACACACCUUCGUUGAAACAAAAUGAACCUAGCUGACGACUUGACUUUAUAACGUAUAGCUCUUUUGGUAAAAUAUUGUUUUAUCGGUGAUCGAUUCGUCUUUUGGGCUUAGGACGAUUUUACUUUCCGGUUUUGGUACAAAGUGGACCUACGUGAGAUGAAAUGGACCUAGCUGGAACAAAUUGACUUUUGCUGUAGGGCAAAAUGGUCUUGGCGCUAAAUGACCCAUGACCCAACAUUAAUAGACUCAUAAUAAGGAAGGAAAAGUUCAUUUAAAGUGUCAACUAAACAGGCUGGAAGUUUAAGAGUUGCAAGGGGAUUCAAUGUGAGAGGAGAUUAGGGUUAUUUUAAAAUUGAGAACUAUUACAAAAAUAAAAUGCAGGGAGAUUUAAAUAUAUACAUAUAAAGCAAGACGAACACGAUAAUACAUACCAGAGUAGAAUUGAAAGUCAGGGUAAGUUUUAUAAAAAAUAGAAAACAGGAUGUUCUGCUCCCGUAACCUAGUGACAUCAAUGCUGAUAAUCAGAGAGUGCAGAAGUUUGACAAACAGACGGUAGUGGUGCUUUGUGAGGGAGAUAGAAAAAAAAGAACAAAUAUCAGGGCUACAUAUGAGGUCUGCCAUGACUCAAAGUGAACCAACAAAGUCAUAUUUAUAAGUCAUAGAAAGCACAGAAAAAGAUGUUUAAAAAGUGCUAAAUACAACAGAGACAUAUAAAUCUCUUGCCUAUCAAAGAUAAAUAAAAGUUUAAAAAAAAUAAAUUGUGAAUUUCAGAUAGGGUAGAGAUCUGUAACUAUAUGACACAGUUCAGUAGAAGAGGUCAAGUGUGGGACAUACAGGUCGUAGGUCUUAAUGUCAGCUCACAAUGAUUGUAAUCUCCUGAGAUAAAUUUCGGAGCAUCAGGACAAAUCGAGUCGAGGUUACGAGUUACAUUUGCAUUGCAUUUGCCGUGGGAUGAAUGUACACAAGGGUGAAAAGCAACUGGGGGAAUUUUCUUCGAGAUAAAACAUUAUUUGUCUCACUGUCUUUUGAUUGGCUCCUCUAUUAUUUUUUUUUUUUUUACUUUGUGAAGAAUCACAUCUCAAAUAAUGGAAUGGGGAAUUUGAGUCAAAGAGAUUUUCCUGUCCCCUCAUCAUCUUUUUGAGCGGGCGGCUCCUCCACUUGCCUCUCUUGUUUCUAUGCCACUGAUACCAGGAGUCUCCCUUUUGUCCCCAAAGCACAUAGUUCUGUUGGGACACAAUAAAUAAAACCUACAAUAUUCAAAGUUGGACACUUAAACUUCUCUGGCAAGUAUUAUUAGUUUAUUGUGCAACGAAAAGCCAGUGGAAUGUACAGGGAUCUCCCUUUGCAAUGCUGUUAAUCUGGGUUUUGCAUGAAGAGUGUAGUAUUUACAGUUUGUAUAAAAGAGAUUACAUGCGUAGAGUUCUCCCUGAAUUCCCUCACCAGUAAAUAAAUGAGGAGCUUAGAGACAGUUCGUUGACAGAAGAAAUUAACGACCCAAAAGGAAGAGAAAGUCAGAAGUGAGCGAGACAACUCUAUAGGGCAGUCAAAAAACUAAGAAGGGGAGUUAACUCUAUAUUAUGCCCGAGAGAUUCCGAGGAUAGAGAUCAGAGUUGUCUAACUUCCAUCAUAGCGCGAGUAGUUUUACUGGGACACGACAUAAAAAUGGGAUCGCUAAAGGUUGAAUGAGUAAACUUACAUGGUUAACAGGUCAAGGUUCGAAACAAACAUUUUUUUAAAAAAGUUUAUAUAAUAUAUAUUAUGCAAAUGCUUUUAUAUUAAAUGACAUAAGAACGUGUUGUGUGAGCGCAUAUAUGUUAAACACAUAAUCUGGACAUAAUCAUACCUAUAUCAUUGUAUAUGAGUUUCUGAAAUGAGAAAAAAUAGAUUACCACAUUCUACCGGGAAACUCCAAACUCAUACAAGUGUGAGUCUACUUGGUAGCGUUGGGACUGACGUGCGAACGAACGUGAGAAAAUGUAUAAGAAAUGUAAUCACUAACCUCACAACAAAAAGAAAGAGAAUGUUGAUGUUGAUGUUGCUAUUGCUGACGUACAGCACAUUUAAUUAUUUAUAGGCAUUUACUUAUUUUAAACCUAUUUUUAGAAUGAACAUGUCUUUACUAUGUAUUGCGUUAUUGUGUAUACUGCGAUUGAAAUUUUUUGCGGGUUAUGAAUAAUUAGACAUUUGGACUUAAAGCUGGGUUGACCGUUGUGUUACAACGACUCAGCAGCAGAAGCUGUUUCACCGAGGGCUACACCAGUCCUGCGCCAGAGAAUCGUGGGUCGAGAAUCGAUGUCACCUCGGCUACACACACUUUCUCACUGCAUCCGCUGACGGCGUAAAAACCAACAAACAUGCACGUGCUGUUGAUUUGCUUGGGAAACAUACAUGCAUGUUGUUCUAUUCUUUUACCGAAACUGUGGUAUCAACCGUAGUACCACCAGCAGCAGCAAAACAAGAAUCAAUUCUGUCGAAAGCUAAUCUAAAUAUAGCCAUGUUUGUUUAUUUUUGUGUUGACGCCAGACUAAGUUUUCUUCUUGCCGAUGUUGGUUUUGUCUGGCUGUUACAAAGUCCGAUCACAUGCCCUUGACUGCCAUUGUUACCUGAACACGUGACGAAUCACACUAUCGCCCACGGAUGCUACCUUUGUUGACUUAAUAGGUCUGUUGUGCAGAACAGGUGUAGCUGAAUGGUGGGAAUAUAAUAUUAUAGGAAUAUCUGUGAGGCCGCUACUGACUUACAGGAAUAACUCUUGUCUAGCGGGCGGCCAGCACAACAGGACAGGAAAUGAGUGUCUGAUAGCAUUGUGUUCAACGGUUUUAUCAUGUUUGAAAUUAUAACUGCUGUUCUAUAUAUUGUUACAGUUUAUUCAGUCAAAUCGGAGCUGAAGCUGGGGCUUCAGAGAAUAAAUUCUUAUCUCUAAAUGCCUAGUUUCAUAGUUUGCAGAAAAUGUUGGAACCUGUUAUACUGCAUUGUAAUUGUAAUGACUUUUUUAUAUAUUGAAAACAAAGCACACCUCCCAUUUAAAUUGGCCAUUGAGACAAAUAAAGUUGGUUAUUGUUGUUAUUGCUAUUGUUACGUCAUGAUUUCGAAUGUAUAUUUUGACAAUCACGUUCUCUACACAUCGUAGACUUAUUAAGUGUAAAGACAAGAACGAUAAAACAAUUGACUCCUGGGUCUUAACGAGUUCAAGCUAGAACGAACGACAAAGGCCUUUCAAUCAUUUACGGGUCCAGAGGUUGAAAUUCUUACUCAAAUAGAAUAAAUGUAGUGACAUCACUUUCGUAAUACAUAGUAUAAUGGUGCUAACUGUUGAUAGAAAACAAAUGUUAUUGGAGUAGACAGUUAUAAACACGCAUUUUAGAAUAGCACAAUAUUUAUUCAUUAUAUACUUGAACUGUUAGUACUUUUAUUUCCUAAGACGUUGAAACUGAGAAAAGAUUUCUUAGAAACAUUUCUACCUUCAUCUUCAAAUUCUGUCUUCACUCACAUUUUGUAAGUCUAUCAUUCACUCAUGCUCUGUGCGUUUAUUUGCCAGUCUAACAUUUCAGAUAAACCACAAGUAAACUUCUCGCUAUUCCACUUUCCUUCUUUCCGCUCUGGUGAUACAAGGAAGACGAAGAAGUCAAAAAACGUCCGUUUAUUGUGUUCCAGUGUCUCAACCCAGCCCACAACAAUCAAUCGUACACAGUCCCAUUAAACGUAACAACGAGAAAAUCGUGAGCUUUCUGUACAGUCAGCAUCGUUCACACACACACAUGCACCAACACACACACA